GGUUUCUCCGUUUUUACGAUAUCACAAGCGCCGAACAACCUGAGCCGCAAACAUGGCGGUCCCCCCAAGGGCAACUGACUCUUUCCCUGCUGACCUCGAUGUUGUCAUCCCCGGCUCGGGCCCGAUUGGGGCCGUCUUUGCCCGCACGCUUGUGGACAAGGGACGGAAGGGCGACCUGCGACUCCUGUCCGUUCCCACGAGCAAGGAAUACAUGUCCCGCGACCUAUCGUCCUGGUCCCCAAAAUCGGCCUUCUGCAGGACCGGCCAGAAUCCCUCCCAAGAUGACUCGGUCAAUCUGCCUGCGUCAGCGGCAACUCGUGUCAUCGGCGGCAUGGGGUCUCACUGGACGUGCUGCACGCCGCGGCAGCACGAGCUGGAGAGGUCUGAGCUCUUCGACAACGACCAGGCGUCUGCCGUCCAAAGCAUGCCGCUCGCCUGCACGCCCAAGCAUGCCGACUACAUUGAGUGGUCCUGCUCGACUACCAUUCUUGGAAACCUCUCGGCGCCAAACUCGACACACCCCAAGUUCCGGAUCUGGCCCAACAUGCAGUGCAUGAAGCUUGAGCUUGCCAAGGGCGAGGUGACGAAAAUGACUGUGAAGGACAUACUCCACGACCCUUCGGGGACCUUCGAGAUCAAGGCGAAGAAGUAUGGCCACUUCAUGACGGAGCAAACCCUCUCAUUCUGCCAGGUGAUACUGAAGCACGGGUUUGCCGAGGAGUUCAAUCAUCUCCGCAAGACCGGUGAAUCCGAGAGAUUUACCGCCGAGGAGGCCAAAGAGUUCAAGGACCGUAUGGACGCGACCUGGGACAGGCUGGAUCCGCUCCCCUUUCCGUUGAACGACCCCGACUCCCAGGUCUGUAUCCGCUUCAGCGAGGACAAACCGUGGCACAUGCAGAUCCACCGCGACGCCUUCGGCUACGACGAGGUCCCGCACGGCAUCGACCAGCGCGUUGUCGUCGAUCUGCGUUCCUUUGGCUACACGACACCGAAGAAGGAAAACCGCGUGACAUUCAAACCUGACACCAACGACGGGUUUGGGAUGCCGCAGCCCACCUUCGAAUUCGAGAUGACUAAGGGGGAUAGAGACAGGUGCGACGACAUGUUCGUCGACAUGGUCGCCAUCGCGAGGCUUCUCGGCGGCUUCCUCCCGGGUGCCGAGCCAAAGUAUUUGCCCAUGGGUUCGGCGCUGCACGUCUGCGGCACGUACCGGGCCGGCACGGGGGUCGACAAGAGCGUGGUGGAUAAGACGGGCAAGGUGCACGGCAUGGGCAACCUCGUGCUCGGGGGCUGCGGCGUCAUCCCGACCGGGAACGCCUGCAACCCCACCCUCACGGCGGCGGCCUUUGCCCUCGCCGCCGCCGACGAGCUGGACAGUGUCCUGCCCCGCCCAAAAUAG